AUGGCGACUUCGAUACGACCAUUGCUGCUGCCGCAAAAGGUAGAGGCGGAACGCCAGAGAAUCGACCAGAUGUACCACCCCAACAUCGAGGAGGAUCUCUUCCCCUACAUGUCCUACACAACAAACUCGUCUUCCUCAGAUAUCGUCUCUCCGGUCACGCCAACAUUCUCUACACGAGGCCACUUCCGUGGCUCCAGCUCGUCCUCGUCACUCGACCUGUCCUACUCGCAGCAUCAGGAAAACCCUACGUCGCCAACACAGCCACUCACCACCAAACAGAGCAAACGACAGCUCCUGCCUGAUGUGCAAGAAGAACCCUACGAGCGCGAGGAGGAGAGGAGGUCCGCGAGCUACGAAGAUUCGGAUUUGUACAGCUGUCUAUGCGACGAGCCCUGCGAGCAUCGCAACAGCACCGGCAACAGUCUAACCGGCGAGCAUGACAUCAACUACGAGCUUGGCUUUAUGAGCGAUGGCGACUACUCCAGUGCAUCUCGCCCCGCCAAGCAGAGCGUCGACUCUCCCUUUACGGGGCUCACAGCCCGGUUCGGAUCGCGCUUCAACACCAUGAAACGACUCAACACAAUGUCUCGGAAGCCAAGCUUCAAAUCGUCGCCGACCGCCGACAUGAGCUUUGAUCAGGUUCUGUCACAUGGUCCUUCUAGUCGAUCAUCAUCAUUGUCAUCACCGAGCCAGAGCCAGCAACACGCAAACCACGUUUACGAACUGCCAUCAGCUACCCAUGUCCGAUCACCCCACGGUAGCAUGGACAGCAUCGACUCACUUGGCGAGCUGGACGAUGCCACCCCACUCGACCCGCGGCUCACGUUGGAGAGGGAUCGCGCAAAGGCCAUCACCCCUCUGUUGCCGCCGCUGAUGAUGUCGCCAUUGGCCCAACCGCCUGCGGAAUCGCCGUUGCAAUCUCCUACAAUUGCACCUUCAUCCGCCCGCACGGAGAUUUACCAGCCCACAGCGGGCCCCAACUUCUCGCGUCCCUCCAUCAGCACGAAGCCUUCAGUCUCCUCACUCCGCCACCCGACGAAGACGAGCAUGGACUUGCCGAUUGCUUUUCCCUCGAUUAUGCAGCAGCACGACGAAUGGUCAGACCGGCUGGGCCACGCCAACUUUACCAUCAUGCCCCAGCCUUACGAGAUGGAGCAGGUGGAUGCGGACGCCAUCAACAAAUUCAGGCAGGAUUGGGAGGCAGCUAAGGUGAAUUACACCAAGCACAUUGUUCGUACUGGGGAGAACUACGGACAGACCAGCAAGAUCUACGCCCUGACAGAAGCCAAGUGGGCGGAGACGGAGAGCCGGUGGAGGGCUGCCUACGAGAGCGCGACCCAGCAGACCCUGCCAGCGAACCAUGGCUACACGGCAGCGCCGCGCAGCCGCAGCAGGGGUCGUGCGCGUGGCAGGUCUGGUAGCGCCAGCGCCGCCCUGAACAGACGCCCAACCAAUGACGACUAUUUUGCCGACAUGCAGUGGCAGCGUAUCGAGGACGGGCUUCCUAGCGCUGUGCCACGCAUGCUGGACGAGGGCAAGUUUCCCGCCCGGGGAGACGAGGACAUUGUUGGUCCCAUGUAUCGAGCUGUCGCCAUGGAGCGUUCGCAGAGUGAAGAAAAGCAUGGCGUCAGGUUUUGGAAGAACCUGGUCGAGAGGGUCGGACUCCGCAAGUAG